GGUGCCAAAACACGCUUAUCCGUGUUCCCACAAAAACUGAUUUCCAGUCAAUUUUCUUGCCUGCUCUUUGUAUAAAUGAGGCCCCUCCCCGCCCUCAAAAUCCUCUUCCUCCUAUUCUUCUUCUUCUUACUUCUUCCUCUCUAUAUAUAUAUUUCGGUUUCUUCUUGUCCGGCUUUCUCAUUUAUUUCUUGGGGAGAUUCUGCUCCUGAGAAUUCUGGUGCUGUUGAAGUUCUUCCGGAAGGAAGAAACUUUGAUUCUUGAACCAUGAAUUGAUUUCACACUAAAAUAUUGAUGGUGCAGCUGCUAGACGGUAGUGUUGUUGAUGUUUGAGAUUGAUGUCUCUUGUACUCAGUGAAAUCCUCCGUUCUGGUUUUAUGAUCAAUUCUUCCUUCAGGCGCAGAACCCAUCUCCUUCAAUCUUUCUCACUUGUAUUCCUCUACUGGUUCUACGUUUUUUCAUAACUAUAUAUCCCUUCUAAUCAACCCUUAAAUCCUACUACAAUACAUAUAUAUACAUAUAUAUAUAUAGAGAGAGAGAGAGAGAGUGAUGAUGGAUCAAAGGAAGAGAAAGAGAAUGCAAUCGAACCGGGAGUCGGCGAGGCGGUCCAGGCUGCGGAAGCAGAUGCACUUGGAAGAUCUGAUGAACUGUAUUUGUUUGCUGAGAAAAAAGAAGAGUCAGGUGUUGACCAGUAUAGAUCUCAUAAAAAAGCAGUAUGUGGAAAUGGAGGCUGAAAACUCAGUCUUGAGAGCUCAGCUCAUUGAGCUCACAAAAAGACUCCAAUCCCUGAAACAUAUUUGCAUUACAUCCACAACACCAAGACCACCGCCUCCGCCUCCGCCGCCGGCGGCGGGUGGUGCUGCAUGUUCGGGACUUAGUAAUUUCAGCAUCAGGGAAUUGGUUGAUGGUUUCAUCUUGAACCAUCCAUGGAACAUGAUGGGUCCAAUCCAGUACCCAGUGAUAUUGGCGUCUGCUGAAAUGUUGGAUUAUUGAUCAGGAUUGGGAUUGUUGGAUCAAGAAUGUAAUAAUGGUGAAUGUUCUAUUGUCCAUUUCUAGUUGUGGUUGUGAUUUGAGGAAAAUUCCUGGAUUAGAAGUUCGGUGAUUCGAGAAUGUCAGGAGAAAUUAAUGAUUGUCUCAUUUUAGUUUUUAUUAUUUUUUUAAAUAUUAAUUAGCAUAAUGAAUUAGAGGAUUAGUUUCAUUAUUAGGGUCUAAAAUA